CGCCUGUCCACAGCAUGAGCUGUUUCACAAAACAGGUUUUUGCUCCACUCCGCUUAUAACGCUCCUUGGCUCUUCUCUUCGCGCUGAUUCCCUUUUGCCAAUGACCAUUGCCGACACUCAUUAUGCUGUAGAGCUCGAAGGGGGUCGCGAGGUUUUCACUAUUGAACGGAACUACAAAAUCAUUCGCAAAGUUGGAUCGGGAUCCUACGGUACUGUUUGUAGCGCUAUUGCAAUUGACUCGAAUGACGUUGUCGCGAUCAAAAAAUGCUUUCGUAUUUUCGACAAGAAACUUAUCACAAAGCGGUGCCUGCGCGAAAUCAAGCUGCUGCAGCAUUUUAACGGGCAUCCACGCAUCAUCAACUUGAGAGCCAUGGACAUUGUCGACUACAACCGCUUUAACGAAGUGUACCUUAUUCAGGACUGUUGCGACACCACCAUGGCCGAUAUCAUUCAUUCGCGCCUUCAGCUCGAACCCGUGCACUAUCAAUGGUUCAUGUAUCAACUUUUUUCGGGAUUGAAGUACAUCCACAGUGCUAACGUCUUGCAUCGUGAUUUAAAACCAGCGAAUAUUCUCGUGAAUCAAAACUGCGAUUUACGGAUAUGCGACUUUGGCAUGGCCCGGGGAUAUUCCAAGAUGUCUGCACAGUUGGAAGGCAUGCACAUGACCCACUAUGUCGUGACACGCUGGUAUCGAGCUCCUGAGAUCAUGAUGAGCACUAACACUUAUGACAAAUCGAUCGACAUGUGGUCUGUGGGUUGCAUUUUCGCUGAACUCUUGGGGCGCAAAGUGCUUUUCAAGGGCACGGACUAUGUGGAUCAGUUGCACAAAAUUGUUGGCAUCCUCGGUCUUCCAGAAGAUACAUCGUUCUGGGAUGAAACGACAUCGCAAUCUGUCAUUGAAUACAUCAAAAACUUACGAGACGGUGAUGGCCAACCACCACCUAAAGAGCCGAUUGAUUUUGCAGCACAGUUCCCCACUUGUUCGCCUGACGGUAUCGACUUAUUAAAGCAGUUACUGCAUCUCGACCCGACACAACGGAUAACUGCGGAUCAAGGGUUGGAGCAUCCGUUUGUAGAACAAAUGCGGGAUCCAACAGAGGAGAUCGACUGUGCCGAGUCUUUUGAUUUUGAAAGCUUUGAAUAUAUCCAAGACGAGCAUGAACUGCGACGCCAUAUCAUACGAGAAGUGAUGCGGUCCAAAGGAUGUCGCGAGACGUUCCGACAAAACAGUCUGCGAGUGGCAACCACGUCGAGUACGAUGCGCAGUACGAGCACAGACAACAGCAGCCUGUCCGAGUACGAUCCGUGCUGCCAUCCCCGACGGCGUUACACUGGCAGCUCUAUCUCGACACCCAUAUCACAGUCUGCAGCAGAAGCUCACAUGAAUGCAGUCGCAGCUGUCCAAAAGGGGCGCGAUAUUGCUGUGCAGGACACAGCAGGAGGCCAAAGCAUGAUUAUCGCAGAGUCCGAUCGUUUUGUCGGUGAGCCAGAGGAUAUGGAUGAAGAUGACUUUAAGCUGAUGGAUAGUGAUGACAGUAUACGGGUGGAGUACAGACGCCGGUUAGUCGGCCCAUCAAACGCGGAUGUGCAGGCACUAGAACGACAUCUCAGUCGUGACUGGUGAUAUGCAUAAUAUAUAGUGUCGUAUACCUUGACUCAUUUUCCCCACACCCCCUGACGAUACGCUAAGAGCAUUCUUGUCGCUUCCUUGCGGUGCAGUGAUUGAGAAGAAAAUAAUAUGUAGUAGGAGGUGGUGCUUUAACUGAAAACCCCCUUCUAGAGAGGGAAAAAGUCAAGCCUGAUUAAGAUGUUUGGUGAGGAGAGGUGACGAAGUGAUAAUAAAUAAGAGAAAAGAAGGUGUAAGAGGGAGAG